GACUGCAGACACAGUACAGGAAAUGACCAGAGACUGCGGACAUAGUACAGGAGAUGCCCAGAGCCUGCGGACACAGUACAGGAGAUGACCAGUGACUGCGGACAUAGUACAGGAGAUGACCAGAGACUGUGGACAUAGUACAGGAGAUGACUAGAGACUGCGGACAAAGUACAGGAGAUGACCAGAGACUGCAGACAUAGUACAGGAGAUGACCAGAGACUGCGGACACAGUGCAGGGGAUGACCAGAGACUGUGGACAUAGUACAGGUGAUGACCAGAGACUGCGGACAGUACAGGAGAUGACCAGAGACUGCAGACACAGUACAGGAGAUGACCAGAGACUGCGGACAGUACAGGAGAUGACCAGAGACUGCGGACACAGUACAGGAGAUGACCAGAGACUGCAGACA